AUGAUAACCGAUAACGAUUUGGGAUUCAUUGCCAACUUCCUUGGCAUAUUCAUAUUUGGUCUGGUAAUUGCUUAUCACUAUGUGUUGGCCGACCCGAAAUAUGAAGGGAAUUAAAGGGUAUUUUAGCAAGAUGAGUGAUGGAAUGUAGUUGUAGAGAUGUUAUGAGAUGAUCAAGAAUUAUAUAUAUGACAUAUAUGACAUUGAGACGGUGAAAUUAUGAUAUUAAAACUUUGGUAGUUUUUUUUUUCUCAA